UCUCGAGUACUCUUCAAAACAAAAGACAUGUCGUGGAUAAUCGAACGAAGCGACGAUGCACCUUCAGCCAUUACUACUCAAGAUAAUACCGUUACCUGUCAGAAAGAAGAUUUCUAUGACGGUCCAAUCAACGUCCUUUGGAAAGAUCCGGCUGAGAAAUCGGGACAAUAUUACUGGCAAAUUGAAUUUUUAAAGUUAGACAAACAAGGAACCGUUGGUGUUGGUCUAACAACACAAGAUCAUUUCAAAGCUGGCUAUGCCAUAAAGUUCAUGGAAUAUAAUGGUAAGUUAAUGAAUCUUUGUUCAGAUCCAAAAGUUUCAACCUCAGAGUGGCUUCAUAUCUCUCUGUUUAUAAAUACAUUUACUUACAUUACUGUUUAAGUUCUCGCUACUUUUAGGUAACUUAACUGAUGGUAGCGCUGGUUUGGUUCUCUCAUUUGGUGACUGUAUUAAACAAGGUGAUAAUAUUGGCAUUUUGCUCAAUCUAACUGACAGUGAAAUGAAAGUGUAUUUGUUUCUCAAUGGCCGACCAUUGGGCAUGGCAUUCCAUGUGCAAGCUCCAUUUCCAAAACCCUUAUUUCCAGUCAUUAGUUUCAAUACAAAUGGUAAAGCUAGAAUUAUUCAUUCACAACAAGUUCCAACUUCGCUCGAUCGACAAGAAAAACAGUUCAAUGGCAUUGAAGGUCACUGGAAACUGGUGGACUAUCCACAACACAGUGACUGUACUGGCUAUCAUUUUCAUCUUUUUAAACAAGAUGAAUCCGAUCAAAAUACGUACCGUCUAUCAACUCGUGUUAUAAACACUAUGAAUAGCAUCUUUCAUCAUGAUCCGUCCACAAAUCAAUGUCAAAAUUAUAGCGGGAUGUCAACAAUGAUGGGAGAAGACGAGGAAUCGAUGCGAAAGGAAGAUGUGAUCAGUAAACUGAUUAAUGGUAUAACAGAUUUUAAGUUAAAAGGAGAACAAUUGGUUAUAACAUCGAAUGGAAAUCAAGUGAAACUUGAACGAUAUACACUAGAACCUCCACAAACAUGCACGAAAAAUAUUUUUGCAGCAGAAUAUUAA